AUGAGAGUUUACAGUUGUCAUUUUUGUUCGUCGCCGGUGUAUCCCAGUCAUGGUAUCAUGUUUGUGAGAAACGACGCCAAGGAGUUCCGGUUUUGCAGGUCCAAGUGCCACAAGAACUUCAAGCAGCGUAGAAACCCCAGAAAGCUACGCUGGACUAAAGCGUUCCGCAAGGCCGCUGGUAAGGAACUCGCCGUGGACAGCACGCUGGCGUUCGCUCAGCGUAGAAACGUUCCAGUGCGUUACAACCGUGAACUCGUGGCCACUACCUUGAGGGCCAUGGCCAGAGUCGAGGAGAUCAGGCUGAAGAGAGAACGUGCGUUCUACAAGAACCGUAUGCGGGGCAACAAGGAACGGGACUUCUUAAGAGACAAGAGGCUCGUGGAGUCGAACCCUGAGCUACUGAACAUCAGAACCGUCGAACUACAGCGUGCUGAAGCCAAACAGGCUGAGGCCGCCGAGGGCGAGGAGAGCGAAGAAAUGGAUGUCGACAGCGAAAUGGAAAGUGAGGUCGAAGAGGAAGAAGAGGCUCAAAAACAAAAAGUCCUACUCACCAACAAGCGUAGAAACGGCAAGAAAAUCGCUUUUUAA